AUGCUAAGAUCGGGAACAUGCCCGGAUGUCGAUCAUUCAAAUCAUACUAACACUCAAGAUUCAGAUAUGACUUCACCUAGCGUACUGCAUCAAAAAGAGCUUGCAGAAACUACCAAAGCUCUAUCAACGCUAGAUAUUAACAAAUCAACGCAGAGAGACAAUUCGGAACAUCAAGAAUUGCAAUUAGAACCUCAAUUUAAAGACAUUACAUCAUUUUUGGAUGAAGUCACGGAUGUAGAAUUCGAAAUUGGUCAACUCGUUCAUCUUGAAUCUUUUGGGCUUUAUGACGCAAUGAGUUCGAUUGAGAUCAUGGACCCCAAAAUGGAUAGCGGAAUGAUUUUAGACAGUGAUUUAAACAAGAAGCCAUUUGACCUAUGUGCUCGCUUAAGGCCUGAACAAACUCUUUGGAUCAUGGAUCGAUUAUUUAUAUGUGAGAUGACAUGGCACUCUGGACAUUCUCUCUCACAAACACUGUUUACCUGCAUGUAUCUUCAUCAUGUCAUGGAACUUAAGCCUGAAUUGUUUUCCAAUGAUUCUAGUGACGGUGUUGAUCGGGACCUUGUGCCUAUAGAAUUUGUUGUAUUGAUCUUAAAGAGUUAUGUUUUGACUACGGCAAAAUGUUGUCAAUUUGUCCUGGAUGAGAUGGUAAAGGGAAAUGUCUACGAAGAAGAAGAUUUUGCAACAAACAAGUAUGGCAUUUCAAUAUAUGAGGAUUUUCCUGAAUCACAGGCCAUAAAGCUUCUUGAGGAUGCAGAUAAUUGGUUGAUUCAACAUGGUUUCCAUUGGAUUCAACAAAAUGGUAUAGAUAAGGGAGAGGAGAUUAUUCGAGCUCUACAAGUUAGGCUUCUUUUGAGAAAGUCUUUUCUCUUAGCCCUUGUUCACAUGUCUCAACCAUGUUGUCAGCAAUAUCCUCAAGCACAGAGACAACUUACAGUCUGCAUGCAAUUGUUGAAUGGUACCAAAGAUGAGAUUGGCAUUAAUCACACUCUGAACUUGGGAAUUGAGGUCGAGGGAGCUUUUGACCCUUUAAUCAACCGUAAACUGGUCUCCCAAACCCCUCCGCGACCGAUCCGACUAUUUACAAUGCAAGAGUCUAUUGACGAAAUACUUAACAUAUUUCAAAGUCUUUCCGCAACUUGUAGAAUCAUUGAUUAUAAAUCGGCGACUAGCUUAAUGAACUACAUGACAUAUCACUCUUCAAAACAACCAUUACCAUGCGCCUUAUCGAGGUCAAUAUUGCAGUCUACUGUCUAUUCGGAGAACCGCAUUCUCGGAAAAAUUUCAAUAUUUCAAUUGGUAAAAGAUUCUGUCACAGAAUUGACGAAUCCACCGUAUAUCUAUUUUGCGUCCAAAUCAGAAGUUGGAACAUCUAUCAAUGGUUCGCAUAUUGAUGCAAACAGGGCGAAAAUUUCGAAACUGAUACAUAAUUUUGUCGAUAGCGCAGCAAAGCCAUUGACAGAUUACUUUCGAAUUCUAUGUCAUAAUCGUUCGAGGCAACGGCGAAAUAUGUGUAAAGUAAUAGCAGAUUGGGAUCUACUACAAGAGGGUGCUGAAAAUAUAGAUACUGAGUUGCAAACAUUGGCAAAGGAAGAACCAUUGGAGUCCGAGGAAGGACCGUCAUAUUCUUUUCACCUUUCUUCUUGGGUUUACAUUCGAAAAUUGACACUAUUAGAGGACAUUCUGUUUCUCGGAUUUGAAUUGGAUUUAUAUGGAAAUCACGAAUUUGUGAUGAUGUAUUGGUAUUUGGACUACAUAUUGGGGGUUCAUCACAGACAUCUAGAAAGAACUCGCCUUCACGUAGCUGAUCAUCGAAAGUUCAAAAGACAACAAACCCACAUUCAAUUUGCACCACCACCGUCACCUUCCGUUUCAUUGAUAAUUACUCAACAAAUGCUAACCAUGGCGAGGCAAGAUAUUUGUCGCGGAAUCCACAGGGCUAUAAUAGCACUUCAAAAGACAGGUCAUUAUUUGCCACCGAAAUUAGAAUUUGACGACGAGAAUGCCCGAUUCUUGCAUAGGUUUCGAAUGUACAGUAAUUUAGGAAGUCCGGCGACAUUAACUUUCCAAGAUUUCAAAGAGACCACUCGCUUAGAUAAUAUUACGGCAAUCGAUCUCAUGAACAUUGCUUUACAGAAUUUUCAGUCUGCUAG